AUGUCUUCCGCCAGCACGUUCGGCUUCGGGCCCGGCGCCGGCCCUUCCGACGCGCAACCGGCGUCACUGCAACCUCUCACGGCAUGCGCAAUGCUGGUCGUCUACACUGCCAUCUACGUGCUGCCUCUGUACAUCUCACCCGCCAGCCGGCCCUCACCAAGGCUUUCUCGAGAUGACCCCGCCGUUAUCCGCACCCGCAUCACUUCCGUCCUGUUCUCCACCGCAUUAUGCUCUGCCUUGACCUAUGUCAUCCUGGCUCGCCUCCCAGACGGCGCUCUGCCUUUCGGCCCUCUUCAUGCCAUGGGAUACUGGCCGCUGGGCAUCCUCGAGUCUGCCGCAUGUCUGGCUCUCACCGCAACGCUGUUCGCUGCUCCCCUUUACGAGAUUCUCCUCAUUGACGGCGUCUGGGAAGACUGGCGGGCAUUUGACCCCAUGGUGCGCAUCUGGACCCAGUGGACGACCUGGCGAAACAUUGUCAUGGUAUGUCGCAUCUCCCUCGUGGCCCUCGGUCGGUCCUGUCUGAAAACUAACGUGGAUCUCAAGGGGCCUCUGACCGAAGAGAUGCUGUUCCGCUCCGCCUCGGUCCCGUUGCUCCUCUGCGCUCACAUGUCGCUGACCCAGACCAUCUUCUUGUCUCCCAUCAUCUUUGGUCUCGCCCAUGUCCACCACUUCUACGAGUUCCGCAUCACUCACCCCAAGGUGCCCCUAGUAGCUGCCAUUGCCCGCUCUGUCAUCCAAUUCGGUUACACGUCUCUUUUCGGCGCUUACGCCACGUUCCUGUUCCUGCGGUCGGGGAGCUUGCUGGCCAUCGUGUUGGUACACGCAUUCUGCAACGCGAUGGGUCUCCCUCGUUUCUGGGGAGCCGUCGAACCCUACUGGCACGCGCAUGGACACUAUACGCAAGCUGAUAGUCGGAAGUGGACUUUUGUUUACUAUGUACUUCUGUUUGCCGGUGCCUUCUCUUGGUGGAAAGGCCUGCUGCCCCUGACGGAGAGUUCGAUGGCCCUGGUGCCGCGGCGCGGUUGA